CUCUUGAUUCUCGAUGGUUAGGCUGGAGACUAUAAAAACCUCUGAAGAAGGACUGGCAACAAUUCUGUCUCUUUCUCCUGCCCCAGCCUGACAACCAUUUUAUCACAGUCAAGCAGACUUGUCUCCAGUUCUUCAUUGUCAUUUACAUGAUGGUUGACACUACUCGUGCGCGUCGUGACAAUUACCUUUGGUUUGCUCGCCUCCUCCAGCUGAUCUUCACCAUCGCCAUCCUUGGGGUGACUGGGGAUGGAGCCUCUCUCUGGAAGAGCAUCGACUGUCAUAUCCCGGCCAAGCUCGCCUUCAAUAUUGCUGCUGCAGCUUUGACACUUCCAGCGGUGAUCUACCUCAUCGUCUGCUCUGGACCGAAAUCAUGCCAGAAAAUCUCUUUCAAUCUCUUGGCAGUCGUCGGAAUCGACGUAUUCAUGCUCAUUAUCUGGCUCGCCGCCACUGCGGCCUCGAUCUAUGAUUGCAGCGGCGUCUGCUCUGCCUGUUCACCAAUUGGAAGAAUUUUGGAUACCGGAUCCGGGUUCUGGAUUCAGUACGACUCGUUAUUCUGCGAGUGUUACUUUCCUGGUAUCGAUUACACCAAGAGUCGUCGAGUCAGAGAGGUAUUGGAGGGCAGAGGAGUUUCGAGCCUGAGGACUGGCUCGAGCAAGGACAUGGCCGAGCUUGGUGAGAAGGCCUACAGCAUCGCCACCAAGCGUGGUCUCGAUGUGGUGAUGAUCUUCCUGUUCUUCACCACUGUCGUUGUGGUGGUCCGGUACCUCUAUAAAGCCCGGAAGGAAGGUGCUGCUACGGCUGACAACCACGGUAUUCAGCAUGGCACUGCUGAUGUCCAGAUGACUGGAGACCAUAAUAAGAAUGGAACAACUGUGACUGGAAAUGAGGUUCCAUGAAUAAGGCUUGAACGAUGAUAGUGGUGCUGGUCUAGAUUCGGUGGAAGGACUUGAUGCUCAAAAACGCACGCUGUUACCAAAUGAUGAUACCUGUCCUUACCGACUUUUACAGAUUGUAGUCCACAGGCUGAACCAACCGACGCCAGGUAUUUCUAAUAUUCAGGUUUUUAUGUCCCAGAUAUGACGGUCU